AUGGGUAACGGAUCCUCGUUUGAUCAAGCCAGGACAGUAUUUCUGGAUAUUAACGGCAAAGAGGAAAAGAUCAUCUUCAGUCGACACAGCAGUUCCCGUGACAUCCACGAGCUCAUCGCCCAGGCAGCUGGGGUCAGCAGGCAUGCCCUUAUCUCACUCAAAGACACGACAGGAGCUCACGUGUUUGUUUCCGCCACCAUGCCGCUCAACUCGGCCGCAAAUCCUUACAAAGUCCAGACUAAAGACGCCGGCACAUCUUCGGCCGACAGCGAUGCAUUCCAGGCUGUGCUCACACAAGUCGCCGAGCAACUCAACAGAGUGUUUCAGAUGGAGGAAACGAAAAGCCACCUCAACCAGAGAAUCAACUUGUUGGAGAAGAAACUGGAAGUGGAAGGUCUCAAGUCGGUGGAGAUCGAUAAGUGCAAGUCAGAAAUCUCCUUCAUACGAGACCACUUGUGGGACUCCCAGAAGAAGUCCCUUGAUUCGAACAGAUUAAGCACUCCCAUAACUGACGAGACCAAAGCCAAUCAUCGACGGGAUGUGCCCAAUUACCCCAAGUACACACUGUCUCAAGAAACAGUUGACUACUUGAAGCAGCCAACCUUUGACAUUUGGCACUGGGAGCCUAACGAGAUGCUGAGUCUGUUGGAGCACAUGUACCAUGAGCUGGGUCUGGUUAAGGAGUUCAACAUCAACCCCAUAGUUCUCAAACGUUGGCUGCUGUGCGUGCAGGAGAACUACCGCAACAACCCCUUCCACAACUUCCGACACUGUUUCUGCGUGACCCAGAUGAUGUAUGGCAUGAUCCACUUAUGCAGGCUCUGGGAGAGGAUGGGGACAGAGGACCUUGGCAUCCUGCUCACCGCGGCGGUCUGCCACGACCUCGAUCACCCUGGAUACAACAACACAUACCAGAUCAAUGCCCGGACGGAACUGGCUAUCAGGUACAACGACAUCUCACCGCUAGAGAACCAUCACUGUGCUGUUGCCUUCCAGAUCUUGUCCAACCCGGACACGAAUAUCUUCGCUAAUGUCGACAAAGAGACGUUCAAGAGGAUCCGAGCGGGGAUGACCAUGCUGAUUCUGGCCACGGACAUGGCCCGACACGGCGAGAUCAUGGAGAGUUUCAAAGACAAGCUGGCCAUUGGGUUUGACGACAAGAACAAAGAACAUUUAGACUCGCUGAAGAUGGUGCUCAUCAAAUGUUGUGAUAUCUCCAACGAAGUCCGUCCCAUGGAAGUCUCCGAGCCUUGGGUGGACUGUUUGCUUGAGGAAUACUUCAACCAGAGUGACAGGGAGAAAGUCGAGGGCCUGCCUGUGGCUCCGUUCAUGGACCGGGACAAAGUAACCAAGCCCACAGCCCAGAUAGGCUUCAUCAAGUUUGUCCUGCUGCCCAUGUUUGAGACUGUGGCAAAGGUGUUCGAGAAGAUCGACGAGGUUAUGGUCCAGCCUCUGAAGAAGUCCAAGGACAGGUACGAGGAGAUGAAAUCUGUAGAGGAGGCACAGAAGCAGCAGAAAGAAAAUACAACAUGA